AUGCAAUUACUUAGAACUGCUGCUAUCCUCUCCGCCGCAGGCUUCGCUUCCGCCGCCUGGGAUGCUAACGCACCAGACGUCGUAGCAAGUGGAACUAUGGGUGUCACUAACCCACCUGCACCAACCAUGGGUACAGAUGUUAACCAAUCAUCUGAAGCUCGUUUGGUCUCUAUCAACUCCAUCGACGAUUUCUGUUUCUUCGGUCCAAAAGAGGCAGGAAAGACAAUCGGUGAUACUGAGGCUGAGCAAGUUGCCUGGUGCACCCAACCAAGAAACAACGCCAGAGUCAUUCCAGACGGCACUAUCACUUCUGCUCACUUUGUUAAGACAGACGCAUAUGUCCAAGUUCGCGCACAAGGUGACUUCACCAAGAUCGGUGUCCAAGAUGGUGACUAUGGUGGAGAACUCGACCCACACGGUGCUACCGGUGACGGUAACCCAGUAGGUGGUAACAUCACAUCAAACGUCUCUGGUAGCGAUGUCAGCUACCAAGAAUGGAUGGAGUUCCUCUCAUACAACCAAGUUUGUAUCAGAGCAUGUAUCGCUGGUAACGAAACAUUCGGCACACCUGUCAUGUGUGAACACAAGUUAGAUGAAAUGGGUUGUGACUUCGUCAUGCCAGGAUCAAACGACGAAGGUUUCGACACAUGUGAAGGUGACGUCGCUUACCCACCAGGUGUCUACCCUGUUGACGGUGGAUUCUCCACUUUCGCACAACGUUUCACUGGUACUUACAGUAUCGACGGUACUCCAACCGUUUACACUGUAGGUGUUACAGAGACACCAUCAGCAGCUGCAUUCACUCCAAGCUCAUCUAACUGUGUAACCCAAUCAUCAAUUGCAGCUAACAACGUCUCUGUAAGCGGUGCUUCAUCAUCAUCAUCAUCAUCUGCUGCCAACCCAGAAAGCUCAAGCUCAUCAGGUUCAAGCUCAGACUCAGGUUCAGGUUCAUCAGGUGAAUCUUCAACCAACAACGGCGCAACCAGCGCUAACACUGAUGGUGGUGACUCAGGUGCAUCAACCUUCACCGGUGUUGCAACAGUUUCAGCAGUCGCACUCGCUGUUCUCGCUAUUGCUCUCUAG